AUGGGUGAUAGUAACCAAAAACUUCAUGCUAUCAUGAUUUCAUUCCCUUUCCAAGGUCAUAUAACCCCUUUCGUGCACCUAGCAAUAAAGCUUGCUUCGAAGGGCUUCACCAUCACUUUCGUCCAUACCGAGUUUAUCCACCACCAGAUAACCAAAUCCCAGCCACACAAAACAAUUGAACCCCAAGUUUUUUCCGAAGCACGUAAAUCUGGUCUUGACAUCCGUUACACGACGAUUACCGACGGCCUUCCAUUGGAGUUCGACCGAUCUUCAAAUAUGAAGCAGUAUUGGGACUCCAUCAUGCAAGUUUUCCCGACCCACAUAGAUGAGUUCGUGAAUAACAUGGUUAAGUCACAUCCAUUGUCGGCCUUUUUCCUUGUCACUGACACUCUUUAUGCCUGGCCAGCAACAAUUGCCAAGAAGUAUAACUUUGUCAUUGUUUCAUUCUGGACGCAACCUGCCUUGAUUUUCACUUUAUACUAUCAUUUGGACCUUCUAAUAAAAAAUGGGCAUUUUGCCUCCAAUG